AUGCUACCAGGAGCUGCUAGCGUAUCGAACGCCGCCAUAGAAGACGCCGCCAUCCUCUCGGAGUGUGUCUCCGCUCUCCCCUUGAAAGACGCAAUACAGGCGUACCAAUCGAUCCGAAAGCGUCGGAAUGAUCGAAUCUGGGAGAUCUCGCUGAUCAGCCAACGCAACGUCAGCGCGUAUACUUCGACCUCGUCUUAUGAGUCUACCGCUGCCCUUCGAGAUGAACGAUUGAAAGAAGCCACCCGAGAGUUGGCUGAGUCCUUGAAGUUGAGCAGUGUAGAGCGCAAGCUUCUUCAAACUUCCCGGAUGGAGGACGACGCUGCCGUGUUUCCUUCACCGGCGUUGACCAAGUGGCUAUAUGGCUACGAUGCCAUCGCUAUAGUGAGUUCCAUCACGCUUUAUGUUGAGCAUAGGCUAAAAGAUACAGAGUCAAAACUAUAUCACGUCGAGUCGUCGAACGACCUGAUCAUCGCGAUUGGUAUCCUGCUAAUUGGAAAAUCGCCCGCGGCUUGCCUCGUAAAGCUGUAUCAUGAAUGA